AUGGAUACCGACGGGGAGUACGGCCUUCACCAGCCACCAGCGUUCCUGCCGAAGCAGUCCGAAUCGUUCGUCGAAGCAUACCGUCGGUUGGACGAGGAAAUUUGCGCGCUCGAAAGUACGACGCCCGGUCCACGGCUGAUGACGGCGGAGGCUUGGGUUGAGCUGCUAAACAGUGCCAAGAGGGGUGGAGUCGAGCAGGGAGUUACGGUACCGCCACCACAGCCACCACCUCCACCCUUACCGAAUGAGGUGAUGCUUGGUAAUGGAACCGUCCCGAAUGGUGGUGUAUUUAGGCGACCGAUAACGGCUGAAAAGGAUCAGCAAGCCGAGAGUGCCCGUGCCGAGCUGGUUAAGGUUCGUGAAAUCAUUCUCAAGCUAGACAUCGUGUCGAACCAGUUCAAAGCGGCCCAGCAGGAAGAGUUUGUGGCGCGACUGUCCCGCACCGCCAUGGACCAGGAGGCGGACCACUUCCGCGAGGAGAUGGUUGUACACGCGCGCAAGCGUGCGCUAACGCUCCGCAAGGACUUUGAACGCUUGAAGCGACUGUACGCCGAACAGGAUCAGCUCCUGUCGACCGUUUACAGCGGUGCGUACGGUACAGUGAACGAACAGACCCUCGAUUCGGAGCUAGAGGCCGCACGGGAUGUACGCGACCGGCUCGGUGGUGCCGUCGAGCAGUGGCGCAUUGCCGGCGGAUUGCUCCGAGCUGCCGCCAAAGGGCUGCACCAGGUCGUGGACUACUGGGAGCUGUUACGGCCGUCGAAAAGUGCGGCAGAAACGAUCGAGCUUGCGCUGGACGCAAGGUCCACGUGUCACGGUGCACUGAUGGCACUGGAGGCCGCCCAGGCCGCACUACCAUCGGUGGAGAUACCGUACAUUACGGUCCGGCAGCAGUCCGCCGUGCGGCACGCACUCAUCUACCUCCUCACCGAUAUGGUUAAUCCGGCCCGGUAUCAACACACCCGCGAUGUGUUCGGUGUGUUUAGUGCGAACGUGGCCAAAGCCGUCCACUGGCUGCACGAGUGUUACAGUGAAACGCUGAAGCAGGACUUGGACAGUGCCGACCAGGUGGCGACACUGUUGGCGAAAAACUUGCGCGAAGAACGGUUGCGGCACAUUGGGAGCCGGAUGCCGAACAGGGUUUACGUCCGACCAGCGAUCGGAUAGAAGAGGGGGAGGGGAAACGGAAGGAACACACG